UUGCCACACAUAUAUUCACCUAAAGUGCAAGACAUCCUUAAUGGCAAACAUUCAAUAUAUUGAUUUAUGAAAUCUUCCAUUGUGUCCAAACGGCUGCCGUGUUUCCACAGGCCAUUCAGCCCUGUGUGUUUAGAGAAUAGGGCUUGUAUCCUCUAGAGCAGCAGCCAUUGAAGUUCAGCGGUUUCCAUAGCAGUGCCUUUGUCUGAUAAGUAAAACCUAGAUGUUACCAAAAUAGAGUCCCAGUGGCUAGUGUCAAAAAGUUGUCAGGUGCUAACCACAUUUGUCACUUGUGCUAGAAUGGAAGAGAAGAGAAGAUUGGACAUCUGCGAUGCAUUUCUGAAUGAUCCCGGGUCAAGUGAUCUUCUUUGGGAUGUUUUGCUGCGUGUUGUGAUGACCGAUGUCUGUCUUUUUAGCUCUCUGAAUUAUUCAGCAUCUGUAUCAGCCGUGUGCGUAAAAGGCAACAGAAAAUGACUGGAGGUUAUGAAGUGGAUCAGUUUGUGGAUCCUCCAGAUGAUGAUCUGAUUUGUGUCAUCUGUAGAGCUGUUUUACGCUGUCCUGUACGGCUUAAAUGCAACCAUGUCUUCUGCAAGGAAUGCAUUUUACAGUGGAUGAAAAGACAGGUGAAAUGCCCAUGCUGUAGGCAGUCAAUCGACCAGAACCAAAUGCUGGUUUUGUUUAAGCUGAGCAAAUCCAUUGGCCGUUUAUCAGUGAAGUGUCGAAAUGGACAGCAGGGCUGCAGGGCGACUUUCCCGCUUUCUAACGAGUACCUCCACAUCUCCACCUGUCCUUAUGAGUGGCAGAUUUGUCCUCAUGAGGGCUGCGGGCAGCAGGUGUUGAGGAAGGACGUACAGGCGCAUGAUCAGAGCUGCACUCACUGGAGACAGCUGUGUCCCAUGGGCUGCGGGACGCUGCUCGUCCGAGAAAACCAGACCCAACACAACUGCUACAGAGAGCUGCAGCAACGCUACUUAGCUGAGCGUCGGAAGCAGAGAGCCAUCGCAGCCAACCUGCGCAGGAAGAUGCAGCGCAUGCAGAGCCGCAUGGCCCAAAUAAAGAGGCAGAUUAACCUGAUGUGUGAGAGCCUGGAGGUCGGAGAUCUGGAAACAGAAGCAGGCGAGGGAACCAGUGCAUGGACAGAUGCUAGUCCAAGCAGCAGCAGACACAGACACACUUACAAUUCAAGAAUUCGAUUUAUAUAGUUUCAAAAGGGUCCAGAAUUCCAACAAUCAAAAGUGAGUUGUUUUAUGUGUGCACAUUUUAUGAUUAAAUGUGUCUUUGCACUAUUAGAAUGAUCUUAAAGGAUAGUUCACGCAAUAAUGUUUACUCAUAGUAAUGUCAGUCCAAACCUGUAUGACUCCCACUCUCUCAUUCGCUCACUCAAUUUUGUUUUUGCUUAUUCUCUGGUUUUUCAGGGGUUGCCACAGCGGAAUGAACCGCACAUUACUCUGGCAUGCUUUACAUGUACAGUGUACAAUCCUUAGUGCUGGAAAACUCCCAUAGACUUUGAAUCGAUGUAAUGUAAGGCUAUGUUACUAUGAUAAUGACAUAGAGAAAAAUGGAAACGUUUUCCCCUAUAGUUUUACAUCUACAUGACAACAUUUUCAAAACGUUCUGCAUGACAUAUGCCAGGCCAGUCUAUGGUUCACUUUGACCUUGUUAGUAAACAGUACCUGUAGGGAAUGUGACCUUUUUCAUUUCACGUAUGAGUGUGCGCAGCCAUUGUUACCUUAGACUUCCAGUUUGAUUAUUCAUUCAUUCAUUUUUUUUCGGCCUAGUCCCUUCAUUAAUCCG